UCGAAGGCUCGGUGCGGAGGUGCGUUCCGGCGUGCGUCAGUCCCUGUGUGGUCCGGGUCCGUUCCUGUGGUCCCUGGCGCAGGAGUGCCACCGGCACAGGCCGCGUCUGUGGGAAGAGAGGCGAGGUCUUUAAAAAAUACAACAUAAAAAUGGCUUCAAAAAGAGCUCUGGUCAUCCUGGCUAAAGGAGCAGAGGAGAUGGAGACAGUCAUCCCUGUAGAUGUCAUGAGGAGAGCUGGAAUUAAAGUCACCAUUGCAGGUCUGGCGGGGAAAGAUCCAGUGCAGUGUAGCCGUGAUGUUGUCAUCUGUCCUGAUGCCAGUUUGGAAGAUGCUAAAAAAGAGGGACCUUAUGAUGUAGUGGUUCUGCCAGGAGGCAAUCUGGGUGCACAGAAUUUAUCUGAGUCUGCUGCUGUGAAAGAGAUACUGAAGGAACAAGAAAACAGGAAGGGCCUCAUAGCUGCUAUCUGUGCAGGUCCUACGGCUCUGUUGGCUCAUGAAAUAGGUUUUGGAAGCAAAGUUACAACACACCCACUUGCUAAGGACAAAAUGAUGAAUGGAAGUCAUUACAGCUACUCCGAGAACCGAGUGGAGAAGGACGGCCUGAUCCUCACGAGCCGGGGGCCGGGCACCAGCUUUGAGUUUGCUCUUGCCAUUGUGGAGGCGCUGAGCGGCCAGGCGGUGGCUGAGCAAGUGAGGGCCCCACUCGUCCUUCAGAAUUAGAGCAGAAGCAUGCGUCCUGGGCUAGAGAAAUAGGCCGUUUGUGAUGAGUUCUCGGUGCAUUCGCUUUAAACCGAAUAGCAGUUCUGUGCAGAGAACACGUGUGUGUGUGGUCGUGAAGUGAUAGUGACACAGUGACUCCUCGACCUGCAGUUGUCCCCACAUUUCUGAACCUCGAAUGCAAAAAUAAACAGCGCUUAGCAAACUA